AUGGAAAUUGCGCUCACUUGCUUCUUCUGUGGCAGAGUCCCACCCACGCUCAAAUUGGGGCCUGCUGCAACUGCAACUCCAACUCACCACUUCCCUUGUAACAAUGCCUCCACCCACCUGCUUUCUUCCUUCCCCCCUUCGUUUCGACUCUAUCGCCUAAUUCCGAACGCUACUAACAGCACCCAACCCAAGGUUUCCACCAACUCUAAAACCAGAAGAAGGAGAAGAAGAAGUUGCGAGACUCAGGUGGUGGUGGAGGAGGCUGCUGCUGUCCAUCACAACGGAGACCCAAUUGGGAAGAAGGAUCUCGGGAAGAGUGUUAUGAGAUGGAUUCGCGACAGCAUGAGGGCCAUGUCGUCUGAUUUAGCUGCGGCGGAGAUGCUGGGAGAGAUGGAGUUGUGGGAGCGCAUGGGACCGGGUCUCCCUUUUAUUAUGCAGGCACAGCCCUAUCUCAAUGCGGUUCCUAUGCCCAUUGGCCUUGAAGGUGUUUGCUUGAAGGCCUGCACGCACUACCCCACUCUGUUCGACCAUUUUCAGAGGGAGCUUCGCGCUGUUCUCCAAGACCUGCAGAACGACAACUCCAUUCAGGACUGGCGGGACACCAAGUCUUGGAAACUGCUUAAGCAGCUCGCCAAUUCAGUGUCUAAUGGUUCAUUUACAGCUCAGCAUAGAGCAGUUGUGAGAAAGAUAGAACAACCCAAGAGUGUCCAAGGCGUUUUAGGAAUGGACUUGGAAAAGGUCAAAGCAAUACAGCACAGGAUUGAUGAAUUCACCAAUCGCAUGUCAGAACUACUCAGUGUCGAAAGGGAUGCUGAAUUGGAGUUUACUCAGGAGGAAUUGGAUGCCGUUCCUAAACCAGAUGAUGUUUCUGAUUCUUCAAAACCUCUUGAUUUCUUGGUUAGUCAUAGCCAGCCUCAACAAGAACACUGCGAUACCAUUUGUAAUUUAACUGCCAUCAGUACCUCUACAGGACUGGGGGGAAUGCAUCUGGUUUUAUUCAAGGUUGAAGGGAACCACCGGUUACCACCUACUGCUCUUUCACCCGGAGACAUGGUUUGUGUAAGAACAUACGACAGCAGGGGUGCAAUUACAACUUCUUGCAUACAAGGAUUUGUGAACAGUUUUGGAGAUGAUGGCUAUAGUAUUACAGUUGCUUUAGAGUCACGCCAUGGUGACCCUACGUUCUCUAAACUAUUUGGGAAGAAUGUGCGCAUUGACCGUAUUCAAGGACUGGCUGAUACACUUACCUACGAGGUAUUGCAAUCUAUUUUUUGA